AUGGUCAUCAACGAUCGGAGCGAAGGCAUUGAACAAGGUGAGGUGUCGCAAGGCGAUGGCGACGGCGAUGUUCUCGGGCCGAGAAGAUGGACAAGCUAUGGCCAUCGUCUACUUUAUCAGACGUUUGAUGUCACUUCAAAUCUGAGCACUUCAGAGGACAGCAGACUUGAAGUUACGGUUGCAGAAGGUUGGUUUUGUGGACGUCUUGGCUGGGGUAAAGGAAGCAGAGAUUGCUACGGAAGCAAGAUGGGUCUGCUUGCCAACCUCCGGAUGGAAUACGAGGACGGGAGCAGUGAGACCAUCACCACAGAUGAAUCUUGGACAUAUGGCUAUGGGAAUCUUGUCGCUUCUGGAAUCUACGAUGGAGAGACGUGCGAUCUUCAAGAGUCAAGUACGCAAAACGAGGAAGUUGUGUGCCUUGAUCCACCAGUCAAUGUCUUACGCUCACCAGACAGUCCUCCCGUACGCCGCACUGGAGAGCUCAAGGUACAGCAGAUCAUCACUACGCCCUCUGGAAAACAAGUUCUCGACUUUGGACAGAACUUCGUUGGUGUAGUGCGUGUCAAAGUAAAUGGUCCUAAAGGCACUGCAAUCACGUUCCGCCAUGCCGAAGUUCUGGAGCGUGGCGAGAUGUGCAUAAGAACUCUCCGAUAUGCAGUGGCGAUUGACACUCUCAUUCUUGAUGGCUCGGAUGCCGUGGAGUGGGAGCCGAAGUUUACCUUUCACGGCUUUCGAUACGUCGAAGUCACGGGCUGGCCAGGGCCCAUAGACGCCAAUGAUAUCGUCGGUGUUGUUCUGAAUACCGACAUGGAGAGGACUGGUCAUUUCGAAAGCUCGAAUGCUCUACUGAACCGGCUUCAUGAAAACGUGGUCUGGUCUAUGAAAGGGAACUUCCUCUCAAUCCCGACUGACUGUCCGCAAAGAGACGAGCGUCUGGGUUGGACUGGAGACAUUGCAAUGUUUGGAGAUACGGCCAACUUCCUGUACGAAACUUCUGGUAUGCUGGGGUCCUGGUUGCGAGAUGUCUCAUAUGAACAGAUGGAUCGUCACGGUCUCGUCCCGCUCACCGUGCCUUUCAUCAUCAAACGCGGCGACGAAGAAGCUCACGCUGUGUGGGGCGAUGUCGCCGUCAUACUCCCUUGGUCACUCUAUAGAUACAGUGGUGACGCAGAGAUCUUGAAACGUCAAUACGAGAGCAUGAAAGCAUGGCUGGACGUCAUACCACGCAAGGCGAAUCGUCUUUGGAACUAUAAAUCGCCUUGGAAGCUAGGAGACUGGCUGGACCCUGCGGCGCCUCCUGAUAAUCCUGGGAAUGCGACGACUGAUCCAAAUUUUGUUAGUGAUGUCUUUCUGCUACAUGUCAUCGAGACUAUGGUGCAGGCGUGUUGUGCAUUGGAGAAGCAAAGUGAGGCCAACGUGUAUGCCGACGAAGCUGUCGUGGUGCGCACAGCAAUCAAGAACGAGUACGUAACUCCAAGCGGACGAUUGUCUCCCGACACGCAAACGGCGUAUGUCCUUGCACUACACUUCGGGCUCCUUAACGAGGAACAUGAAAUAUCGCGAGGCUCGUCCAGAUUAGAAGAACUUGUUCGUCGCAACAGUCACUUCAAGAUUGCCACUGGCUUCGCAGGGACUCCGUUCGUUGGCCAUGCCAUGUCGAAGGUCGGUUUGGAAAACCUCUUCUAUCGCAUGCUUUUGCAUCGCAAGUGUCCAAGCUGGCUGUAUCCUGUCACUAUGGGCGCCACCACGAUAUGGGAGCGCUGGGACAGUAUGCUUCCCAACGGCGAUAUCAAUCCUGGGCAAAUGACAAGUUUUAAUCAUUAUGCUCUUGGAGCCGUGGCUGACUGGAUGCACACCAAUAUCCUGGGCUUACGUCCUGCUUCUCCUGGAUGGCAGAAUGUGAUUGUUGAGCCGAAGCCGGGUGGAAAUCUGGCGUGGGCUCGGGGUUCUUAUAAGACGAGAUGCGGUGUGCUGAAGGUGACAUGGAAAGUCAGCAAGGAUGAAAACACAGACGGAAAAGUGUUGGAGCUGAAGGUUGUGGUGCCGGGAAAUACGACGGCCGAGGUGAGGUUGCCACAUGCUGGUCCCAUUCAUAAAGUCGGUUCUGGCAAGCACUUCUGGUCGGUGCCAUACGUGCCCGACCCAUGGCCUCCGAAGGCAUGGUUGCCUCGGGAUAUGGACCCGAAUAGUGAGGAGCUUCCGGAAGAUGAAGCACUCCCUUUUCCAGGUUGGGACUGA